GUAGUCUGGUAUUCCCAUCUCUUUCAGAAUUUUCCACAGGUUAUUGUGAUCCACACAGUCAAGGGCUUUAGCAUAGUCAAUAAAGCAGAAAUAAAUGUCUUUCUGGAACUUUUUUGCUUUUUUGAUGAUCCAGCGGAUGAUGGCAAUUUGAUCUCUGGUUCCUCUGCCUUUUCUAAAACCAGCUUGAACAACUGGAAGUUCACU